AUGGGGAUACUAGAGAAAUAUGGCGUCAAACAUAAGGUGGCCACACCUUAUCAUCCCCAAUCAAGUGUCCAAGUUGAUGUUUUCAACCGGGAGAUAAAGAAUAUUCUAGCAAAGACUGUUAAUGCAAACAGGACCGACUGGUCAAAGAAGCUAGAUGACGCAUUGUGGGCAUACCGCACGGCGUACAAAACCCCUAUUAGCACUUCUCCUUAUUGGUUGAACUUGGACUGGGCUGAAGCUGCAAAUUUGAGGUUAACACAACUCAAUGAAAUUGAGGAAUUCCGUUUCCAUGCAUAUGAAAGUGCAGUUGUGUACAAAGAAAGGAUGAAGUUCGUCCACGACAUAAAGAUCUUGAAAAGCAAGCUCAAAUCGAAAUGGUCCAGUCCGUUCAAGGUGGUAGAUGUAUCCCCUUUUGGAGCUGUGGAAUUAGAAUCGGAGGAUGGGCUCCGAACCUUCAAAGUAAAUGUCCAGCGAGUCAAGCACUACUUGGGCACAGAUGGAGAAAAACACUUGGUGGAACAGUUGGCUCUCAAAGAUGGUCCAUGCCCGACCAAUGAGUGA